UUUUUUUGCUUUAUCUGAAAGCUGAAAAAGCAAAUAAAUGAAUUGUUUCGCCGCACAUAAAUUAAAAACUUUUUAAUAGUUCGUUUUAUCGAAUAAUAUUAAGGAUCUGGUGGCAAAAGUUCGAUUGUGCACAUAAAUACAAAAGGAAACUUAUGAUGAUCUAUAUAAAAUUAUAAUUAAUAUCUUAAUGUCAGAUAGACGGUUAAAAUUCUAAAUCAUCAUAAUGAAAGAACAAAAUUUAUUGCUUACACUAUCACAAUCCCUAAUUGGCACCGGCUUUUUCUUUCUUUAUGUGCAACAUGUGCGGUCGAUAUUUGAGUCCCGUACCAAUAUUGCACAUUUAACACAAUUGGAACGAGAGUCAUUGUUUCGACGUGAAGACUCAUUAUACUAUUCAUUUUAUAAGACACUCACAGAUGAAAAUGACUUUUGGAGUGGUUACAAUAAAUUAAAAAAUGUAUCUGGGAUUGAAUAUCCAGAAAAUGUUAAUGUACUGCAACGGUUCCAUGUACUUCCUGAAUUGACAAUAGCGUACCUUUAUCACAUUUUAAGACGCUAUGCCUUCACAGAAAAGUUUCCGAUUCUUAGCUGUUGGCACAGUAGUGAUAUAAGUUUACCCUUGGAACAUCGGCAUUGUGAUGGAAUGGGCCAGCCCAUGCAAUUUUAUUUGGAAUUUGUAUGGCUGCUUGGCGGUUUGACUGUACUAGUGAUCUAUAUAUAUGGGACAUUACUUAGUGAAAACAUUUUUGGUGGCAUUUAUGCAGUGAUUUCUUAUGUAAUGUUUCAUAGCUUCGCCUCCAAGAUUUACAAUACUCCUCUUGCUCGUGAAAACUUCGCGUUUCCUGUCAUAUUUAUGCAAAUGUUUUAUCUUUGCUUGUGCAUUGAUCGGGUCACGCAACGUAGAGCAUAUCAUAUGCGUUUCUUUAUUACUGUGAAAUUGACAUUGCUAACCACUGUAGCUCUCCUCUGCUGGCAAUUUUCUUCAAUUAUUUUUGCCACCCAACUUCUUAUUAUGAUGACACCUUGGUCCUUAAGUCCGGUAUCCGAGGUGGUUUCUAGUGCAUUUACCAUUGAUUAUUCGCUUUCUCAACUAAUCGCCACUGUACUUGCUUAUUACUUUUCUUAUUCUAACAAAACAUACGUUUUUUCUUGGCAUGUUGGUCCGGCAUUUGGACUUUUCUUGCUCAGUGUUGAAAGGCAAGUAAAGCCACAACCUCCUAAUAGUGGCUUUUCCCUUAAAAGCAUGUGGCCUGGUUUAUUAGCGGCGGUAAGCGCACAAGGAACCAUAAUUGAACUCUUUGAGAAAUCAGGGCUGGCACGCUCAGUUGAUAACGGAUUUGCUUUGUAUCGUGAUUUGAUUGUCCAUUGGGGCUUGCAGGCAAAGGUUAAUUUCACAACGAGUCUUGCUGCAUGCAAUCCAGCCUAUCAUAAUUUAAGUAUAUCCAAUUUGUGGGAGCUCAUAAAAACGCUAAUCAUUAAACCAUACUGUAUGUAUGGUGUUGUAAUGCUAGCAAAGUUUUUUCGCAAAUGGCGUAAGGGCAGUGAAAAAAAGACUCCCAAUAGAGAUAAUAUAGAGCGAGCAAAGAAGUACGUGCUUGAAGAUUAUUUAGAAGAGAAUCACAUAUCAAUGGUUGACAUGUGGAAUAAAGAAACAGAAAACGAAUUAAAUGAAUGUCUCAAGCUUUUAGAAGAAUGCGACUUUGAUUACCAACGCUACAAACAAGAAAAGACAAAAUCCAAAAACAACAAAAUUGAUGAGCAUGCAGAGUUCAUGAACAACAUAAAGUUGUUAAAAGAGCAAAUAAAAGAACGAAAUCAACAAAGAGAGCAUGAAAAUACUAGUGCUGCGACAAAUGCAACUAAUUUUAAAAAUAUACAGGCCCAACAAGCCAAAAGUACAGAUGAUAAAAAGCCGUCCAAAAUUAAUGUAGAUGCAGUAGAUGGCGACAGGUCAAGCGCAAAUACAGAAAAUGUGGAAACAGUGACUGAGACGGUUGAUGAAAUGAACAGUGAAUCAAGUAACAUUGGCGACGACAAUAAAGGAGCUCGCCGAGCACGGCAUAAAGCUGCGAAUUGUGCAGCUUCCAGGGCUGAAUAUCAUAAUGACAUAUUCAGCUUUCACUAUCUCUACAGCUUCAUGCAAAUGUUGGUUUUUACUGCUUUCGGUCUCAGUAUCAAGAAAUUAUUCUUCCUAAGCUUUACUCAAGGUUGUGUGAUUGCGCCGACAAUAUGUUCUAAGUUUUGGUAUCGCAAACAACGGAAUAUAUUUUGGUCAGUAUCUCUGGCAGUUUUCUUAACGAGCGUGGUAAAUCCCGGUUUUGUGAAUAUACACGAAGAAUACUUUCCUAAUCGACAAGGAGUUGUUAACGAUGAUUUGGAUAGCAUGUUGGAAUGGAUUAAAAUUAAUACUGAACGGGAUGCUGUUUUUGCAGGUCCAGUAGAUAUUAUUGGCACAGUUCAUUUAGUUACCAGACGACCGAUUGUAAACCAUGCGCAUUUGGAAAUGCGGCAUAUUAGCGAACGUACCGAACAUGUCUAUUCAGUGUUCAGUCGUCAGCAGUCGUCUGAUAUUUACAACCAAUGUUCACAAUUGAAAGUGCAAUAUUUGAUUAUAUCUCUCCAGGAUUGCAACAACGAUAUUCGUGACGAAUGUGACUUACUCUCCAUUUGGGAUGAUAUGCAGCCAUCAUAUCGCAAAUAUCCGCAAUUCUGUUCGGAAUUGGCCCACAAGAAUAUACCCAGCUUCCUAAAAGUAUUCUCAAAUGACUUUUACGGUAUUAUUAAAAUGUUCUCUCAGAGUGUACAGAUUAAUUUGAAGCCUAGUAAGAUGCCCGAAAAAGUGAUGUAGCCAUGGGCAUUUAACGGUUUUCUUGAUAGUAAGUAAAGAGAACUCAAAUUAUGCGGAAUUGGUCAAGCGAGGACCAUUUCAUUUAAGUUACGUUGCUUCUAAACAAAACCUAUACUAUUUGCGCUCGUAUUUUGUAUUUAUAAAUAUUUGACGUGAGGCAUUUAAACCUCGAUUUACUUUGAUUAUCAUUUAGUAUCUAAUUAAUAUAUGUAAAUGUAUGUGCUAGUUGUGGUUAAAUUAAAAAUGAAAACAUUUUUAAGAAACAAAUAAAUAUAAAAAGUAUAUACAUAUGUAGAUCUGUUAUUAAAAAAUGGUAGAUAUCUACAUACCUAAAACUUUUGCUAUUAAAAUAACUUUGCAACUAUCGAAGAAUCGAUGUUACAGCCGGUAUAUAGAUAGGACUCUAUUUUUAUAAGUUAUAUAAACUAAUUUUUAUUUGUUUACACAUAUGUUCUAUACUAAUUAGUAAAUUAAAAUUGUUCUCAAAAAUUAACGUUUAGACCAAAACAAAUUCUCUGAAGGAAUUUGGAAAACAUUUACCUUUUUGGUUGAGUGUGUCAUAUACUUUUAAUAGACUGCCCGCUUGCAUUCCCAAUCAAGCUUUUAGCUAGUAUCGUUUGACUAUCAAAAGAGAUAAAAUCCCGGCAUGAACCGAUCUUAUAUAAAUCUUAUAUAUAUUUGUUUUUGUUCUGAAAGUCAGCAUAGGGUCAUUAUAUAUCUAUGACAAUUUGGCAAUAAUAUUCUUUAUAAUGCAUACAUAAAAAUACGUAAAUAUAUUUAAACACCUUCAAGCAAAGCUUUUGUUGGCGGACACUGUGCGAGGAAUGGGAACAAAGUCCUCUUCAUUUCAUAUUAAAAACAAUUUUCAAUGUUAUUAUAUAAAUGUUUUUUAUUAUUAUUUUAUCAAUAUUACAUU